GCGUGCUUGAGCUGUUGUGACCGUUUGAGGGAGAGAGACUCGCAGACAUGGAGACGCUGGUCCGUGGUGCCGCGGUGGCACUGGUGGCUGCGAUUGGAUAUGGGUUUUGUACCCAGGGUGACUUUAAGGACCAGUGCCAGGCGGCGCUCGGCGAUGCCCGCACAACCAUCAACGACCUGUUCGCCGGCUUUGAAGCUUGGCAGAUCAUGGGCUUGACGGUGUGUGGAUGCAUCGUGCUCGACUUUAUCAUCAAUCUCUUUUUCGGUCAUGAGGAAUCACUGUUCACCCGGACCAAAAAGGGCGUCUUCCGCUGUGCCCGCAAGAUUCCCCUCGUUCAGAGGAUGGUUGAGAAGGAGCUGUCCAAGACUCGUGCCGACUUUGAGAAGAGUCUCCUGCACAAGCAUGCCCAUCCCAACGGCAUCACUGCCAUGCCCAAGGAGGGCCGCAAGUGGGACGAUCUCGAAAAGCUGCUCCAGGAGUAUGCCAAAAUUGGCGAUCCGGACAAGCGUCGCGAGGAGGGCAAAGUGUCCGGUACCAUCUACGUCGGUGACGAUGACGUUGAUACCUACACAGACAUGAUCUCCAAGACCUAUGCCAUGUUUGCCUGGACCAACCCGCUUCACCCUGGCGUCUUCCCCGGCGUCCGCCAAAUGGAGGCGGAGGUGGUGCGCAUGGUCUGCGACAUCUUCAACGGCGGCCCAACCGCCUGUGGCUCUGUCACUUCGGGUGGUACCGAGUCCAUCUUGCUGGCCUGCAAGUCCUACCGUGACUACUAUCACUCCGUUCGUGGCAUCACCAACCCCAACAUUGUCACUUGCACUACGGCCCACCCCGCCUUUGACAAGGCUUGCCAAUACCUGGGCAUCCACAUUCGCAAGAUCCCCAUGGAUCCCAAGACCUGCCGUGCUCGCCCCAGCGCCAUGCGCCGCCACAUUGACAGCAACACCAUUGCCCUCGUUGGCUCUUGCCCUCAGUACCCCCAUGGUUGUGUGGACCCUAUUGAAGAGCUGGCUGCCAUUGCCAAGAGCUAUGGCAUUGGUCUGCACGUCGACUGCUGCCUUGGCUCCUUUGUGGUUCCCUUCAUGCGCAAGGCUGGCUUCGACUUCCCCUCUUUUGACUUUACGGUGGACGGUGUCACCUCCAUCUCAGCUGACACUCACAAGUUUGGCUACGCCCCCAAGGGUUCCUCGGUCGUCAUGUACUCUUUCCAUGAGUUGCACCAUGCCCAGUACUCAAUGUUCCCGGACUGGCCCGGAGGUGUCUACGGUACCCCCACCAUCGCUGGCUCACGUUCCGGUGCUCUCGUGGCGGCUACCUGGGCUGCCCUGGUUCACCACGGUGAGGAUGGCUAUGUCAAGUGCACGCAAAAGAUCAUCAAGGCGGCCCGCGAAAUCGCCGAAGGUAUCAAGAAGAUCCCAGGCCUGCGCCUCAUGUGUGAGCCGGACGGCCCUGUGGUUUCGUGGACCAGCGAUGUUUUCGAUGUGUACCGCAUGACGCACGGCCUGAUUGAGGAGCAUGGUUGGGAUCUGAACGUCCUGCAGUUUCCGCCCAGCAUCCACAUUUGCGUGACUCUGGCACAUACCCGUGAGGGCAUCGUGGAAAGCUUCCUCAACGACAUGGCCAAGGUUGCCGCGCCCCUAUUCGCCAACCCCGGCGUCAAGGCGGAAGGUGGUGCCGCAGUCUACGGCAUGGCCCAGUCCAUCCCGGAUCGCACCAUCAUUGAGGACGUGGUCAAGACCUACCUUGACACGACCUACUUGGUGCCUGCGUAAAUUGGCUAGUGCCGUCUCACCACACCCAAGCGCCAGCAAGUUCAUGUACUAUGGUGUGAGCUACAGCCGAAUGAUAGAACUGGCUGUUUGCACUGGAUUGUGGAAGGGGCGAUUGGAUAGUGCUUGUUUUGUUCUUUGCCACCACGACCUUGGUUGUUGGGGGUUUUGCUGAAUCCUUUUCCGCUUUGUGUAAGAAGCAUCUACUGUAAGAGGAAUUGAUUCAGUGCAGUGG